CACUUAAAAUAAUUUGUUAAAAGUUAUAAUCCAGUUGGCAAAAGUAAAUAAUAAAUUUAUUUUUUAUCUCGUGUUUUUAUUAUUGAUUGUUAUUUUCAUUAUUAUUGAUGACAAGUGUUGUUACUCAUCGAGCAGAUAAUUUUUUCUGACCAGCUGUUGAGUUUAGUGUCAAGUUUCGCCACAAAGUGGCGCGACUGGCGGCAAAAAUAAUUUUUUUUUCCUCACUCGCUCUUAACUUGGCUAAACUUAAUUCCCAAGUUCCAAGUUAAAGUCCAAAAUAAAACUACUACAUGAAAUAAUUUGUUAGUGUAGAGAAGUGAGAGUGAGAGAAUCCCACGUAUGUAAAAGUAUGGCGACGUGGGAGAGUGAUAAAUUUUCAGAUCAUUUAAAUUCCGUGGGGAUUGACAGUAAUUUUGAUGAAAUUCUUAUAACACAUGACUUACAAGACUGCUUGGAUGACAGCCUUGAUCUCACAAACUUCGAUAAGGUUUAUGAUCAAUCGGUUAUUGAAUUAAAUAAUCAAAAUGAUAAAUUUAAUGACGAAGAUGCUUCUUAUAUUUCGAAACUCCCUGAUGACAGCUCUGGUUACAUCCACCACACAAUCAGCCCAAAUGAAAUAUACAUGCGAAUUCAUCCAGGGCAGGAUGAUUUUAUGCCGGACGAUCCAUCUCACGCGACAAUUACCAUCGAGAGUACUGAUCCGGAUACCAAUCAGAAGCACAUCAGUCGAUAUGAAUGCAAAUACGACGGGUGUUCGCGAACAUACAGCACCGUUGGUAACUUGAGGACUCACAUGAAAACACACAAAGGUGAAUUUCGUUUUAAAUGUGCUGAACCAAAUUGCGGGAAGGCUUUUCUUACAUCUUACAGUUUAAAAAUUCACGUUCGAGUUCAUACUAAAGUAAAACCCUUUGAAUGUAAUCACGAUGGUUGCGAUAAAGCGUUCAAUACUUUGUACCGAUUACGAGCACACCAAAGAUUACACAGCGGUAAUACAUUUAAUUGUGAAGAAACUGGAUGCGUUAAAUUCUUUACAACACUAAGUGAUCUCAAAAAACAUACACGCACUCACACUCAAGAACGUCCUUACAAGUGUCGGGAGAAGGGUUGUGGAAAAGCAUUUACUGCGUCGCAUCAUUUAAAGACCCACAAGAGAACUCACACCGGGGAGAGACCGUACACGUGCUCGUAUGACAAUUGCCAAAGAUCGUUUACUACUCCACAUAGUUUGAAAAGUCAUAUGAAGACGCACAAGAAAAUCGCUGAUGGCGAAGCACAAAAAGAAGAAUCUACGAAUGAAUCAAUAUCUUCGGCAUCAUUUACUUUAAUUAAUAGUUAUAAUUCAAACGCGCCGUAUGAAACAAAUAAUAUUAGUAAAAAUAAAAAUAAUAACGACAUUGAAAGUAAUAAUAGUAUAUUAAAUUUAAAUUCUAUAAAUAAUAAUUUAAAUUUCAAUCUACCAAGUACAAACCUAGAACAAAUAAAUAGUACAAAUAUAUUAGCGGGAGCAGGUUUUAUAACUGAAGAUAAAAUAAUUAAUAGUAAUUUAACCAAAGAGAAUUUUGAUAAUAAUGAAACUUAUGCCAAAUUAAAUAUUUUUAUAGACAAUAUUGAAGAUAAAAAAAAAUUAGAUCAAUUGGCAUUAUCUAACAAUUUGAUGGAAGAAUCUAAAGCAAGUAGUCCGCUAUUAAAUUUAGAGCAAAAAAUAAUACGCGACGGUAUACAAAAUACUAUUGAGCAGUUGGCAAAAGUAUCAGAGGAGAGUGAAAAUAUUUUUGAUAAUUUAGAGAGUAAAGGUAACAAUAUUAAUCAAAAGUGUCAAUUGUUUAAUGAGGAUUUAUUACCUCAAAUUGAAAACGAGCAUCAAUCCGAGGCUGUUGAAUUAGCGAUUGCGUCUGAAGAAGAAAUUCCGUCACCCUGGAUUGAUGUUAUGGCUUUAGCAGCAGCACCACCCGCUCUUAGAACGGAAUCUUGGGAAGAGAUAAAUGCAUUUCCUACUGCAGUUCAUUCACUUGUUGAUCUAAUUGGUCCUGAGCCUUACCCACUCGAAUUACAAGACCAAUUAGAGACUACGGAAACUGUUAAUAAAAUAACAACCGAGUUUUCACCAAAGAUUGCUGCUAUUAAUGAUAACAAUAGUAUUACAGUAAAUAGUAAUAUUAGUAAUGAUAAUAAUAAAACUGAAAGAAAUUUAUUGCAAGAGAUAACUGCCGAUGCAGACAUUUGUAAGUGUGUUGAUUGUAAAUGUAAUGAAACAAAUAAUUGUCAGAAUUGCUCCUCAGAAGUUUCGAGUUUGGAUAAAAUAGAAGAGAAUAUGUCAAAUUCUCCUGAGUUGAAUAUUGUCAAUGAAAUUGUUUCAUGUCUCCAGCGUCAAUGUAAAAAUAAUAAUGAUGUAAAUGACGACAAUGAUUCUUGUUGCGUGGUAAUUUGUUUAAAAACAUUGAAAAAACUUCAACGAGUAUUUAAACAAAAUUGUUGUAGGGAAUUAGAACGGUCUAGUUGUUGUAAAAAACAAACUGAACGAUCUAAUUUAUCUUUUGCUGUAGGAAAAAGUCAAUUGGCUAAUAACCAGUAGGUUUAAUUUUAUAAAGAUUAAUUAUUAUUACUAGUCAAUUUUAUAAUGAGCUUACGACUUACAAUAUUGAUUAAGAGAUUAAAAAAAAAAUUAUAUUGCUAUUGUUUUGCAUUUAGUGCUUGUUGCUUAAGUUUUAAGGAAAAAUUUGGUAAAUAUUUACAACCAUCCAUUUUUUAUU